AAAAGGAUGCCGAUAUUUUUUUAGGCAUUUCCAAUUCUGUUCCGACCUCCUCUUCUCUGUUUUUCAAUCUUUGUUUUAUUCCUAGGAUUCAUCCAAGAAUAUUAGAACAGGGUUCUUGUACUUUUCUGUUUGAUGUAUUUGGAAUUUAACAGGUUUUCGUUCAUGACUGUGCUUAAUUCCGACGUGUUUUUCUCCGAGAAAGAUCUAAACGCCAUGGAAUUUGAUCUCUUGGUUCGACCCGCUUUACAAUUUCCAGACGGUCAAAAAUGCGAAACUGCACCUUCACAAGACGUUGAAGAGGCUCGAUAUACAGAAGGAGAUGAUCGGAAGCUUCCGUUGUUGGAGUUGGAGAUAAAAGCCCCGUCUUUAGAUCUUCAAAACGACGGUAACGGUGAGGGGUUGAAGACUCCGACGGCUUUGGAUCACAGAAUCCCAGCAAAGCUGAAGUGCCCACCUGCACCAAGAAAACCCAAAUCGCUUCCAUCUGCAAAACGGAAAGAAGUGCUACGCCGCAGAAUUCUGCUGGAUCUGACCAAGGAGAUCGAAUCUUUUUUUCCCCCGGCUCUUCGGGCGGAUCUGGGGAACAAGAUCAAAAAAAUAUUGUCAUCCCUUGGAUUAAUUUUUGGGUCAACAAUUCUUUGUUCAAGAAGAAGGGUUAGUAUGAAUGCAAAUAAAGUACAAAUUAACUACAAAAGUGUCAAAGACAAGGUAAAUAUUUCCACAUAUUCGGAGGACAACAACCAGUGCCAAUAAUUCCCUUUCAUUAGUGGAGGGUAGCCCCUAACUUCAAUUCAAGGAAAGCUUUUGUGCCCCCACCUGCCCUCUAUAAAGUACACAUAGGCACACCGCCCUUCUCCGGUUUGCUUGCUGAUCAUUGCAUUUGCUCAAAAGCUAGUCUAAAACCAACUUUUAGUCCCUCACCUCACAAAAUUAGUAGGUUUUAGUCCAUAAUCUUAUAAUAUAACAUUUUUAACCCU